AUGGCGUCGGCGCUUCGUUUCGCGGCGAGAAAGAUGUGCAGCCGCGUCCUUCAGCGAGCACCGCAUCCGUAUUUGUCGGCGAGCGCCUCAGCGGCCGUCAAGGAGGGACAGCGGCGGAUCGGCCAUGCCGGGAGCUCCCUUCGCCGAUUUUGCUCCUCAGGAUCACCUAAUCUUGUUAAUAACACCAAGCAUGGAGUGCAAUCAGCCGCGGAAUCAGCUUCGUUCAUCAGUAAUGCGGAAUACACACCAUGGUGGUCAGAUAAUCACCCUAAGUUUCUACGCAACAUAUUUCUGUAUACAGUCGCGGUGUCUACAGGAAGCGUUGCAACGCUCUAUGCGGUGGCCCGUAUACAUGGGGGGCCAUUAUUCAGGGAAGCAUUAGGAUUGGAGCCUAAUCCAAGCAACAAGGAUGAUCGACAGUCAGAUUAA